AUGCACGUCCCAGAGAGCCUCCAGGACCUGGCCAACAGCGAAGCCGUCCGGUUCGUGAGGAGGCCCAAGACCGCCGCGCGGAUCUGCGCAGGGGUCUUUUCCCUCAUCAUCUUCUCCUCCCUGCUGACUGAUGGCUACCAGAACAAGACAGAGUCUCCACAGCUCCACUGCGUCCUCAACAGCAACAACGUGGCCUGCAGCUUUGCAGUGGGAGCCGGCUUCCUGGCCUUCCUCAGCUGCCUCGUCUUCCUGGUCCUGGAUGCCCAUGAGAGCCGCAUAGCCAGUUCCCGCUUCAAGACGGCCUUCCAGCUCUUGGACUUCAUCCUGGCGGUCCUCUGGGCAGUCAUCUGGUUCGUUGGUUUCUGCUUCCUGGCCAACCAGUGGCAGCAUUCUCCACCCAAACAGUUCCUCCUGGGGAGCAGCAGCGCAAAGGCAGCCAUCGCCUUCACUUUCUUCUCCAUUCUUUGGGACCUGGCUAUCUACAGCAGCAUUGUCCAGCCAGAAUCUGAUGUGAACCCCUAA